CUCUGCGGCUCCGGGACUGGGUAAACUGGGGGAGGGGAGCGGGUGGCUGCUGGCGAGCGUCGGCCGCGGGUCAUGUGACCGGAAGGGCUCCUGACGGACACCGUCCCUCCACGGCGCCGCCUGAGCGCCCGGCCCGACCCCGGCCAUGGGGUGCUGCUACAGCAGCGAAAACGAGGAUUCGGACCAGGACCGAGAGGAGAGGAAGCUGCUGCUGGACCCUGGUAGUCCCCCCACCAAAGCCCUCAAUGGAGCUGAGCCUAACUACCACAGCCUGCCUUCUGCUCGCACAGAUGAGCAGGCCCUGCUCUCCUCCAUCCUCGCCAAGACAGCCAGCAACAUCAUCGAUGUAUCUGCUGCAGACUCCCAGGGCAUGGAGCAGCAUGAAUACAUGGACCGGGCAAGGCAGUACAGCACCCGCUUGGCUGUGCUAAGCAGCAGCCUCACACAUUGGAAAAAGCUGCCACCACUACCAUCUCUCACCAGCCAGCCCCAUCAAGUGCUGGCCAGCGAGCCCAUCCCCUUCUCUGACUUGCAGCAGGUCUCCAGGAUAGCUGCUUAUGCCUACAGUGCACUUUCUCAGAUCCGUGUGGAUGCAAAAGAGGAGCUGGUUGUACAGUUUGGGAUCCCGUGAAGAGAGGAUCCUUGGACAGCUCUUCUCUUCUCUUCAUCCCAUCUCCACCCCACCUCUCCUGGACCCUAGCCUCACUGUGGCUUAUACAGUACCCUAACCUGCUAACUAAUCAUGGACAAGAAUGUGGAGGAGGAGGAGGAGGAGAGUGAGGCUAGAAGCCUGAGCAAGUGAGGUGGAGCAAGGGAGGGUAAAACCGCUUGGGAUUGGCCUUCAAAGCCCUGGCCAAGGUGGGGUAGGGUCCAAGAAGACAGGGCCUGGUAGGUCUUCAGUCAUUGGGAAGGUAGAGAUACCACUGUGGAGGGGUGAAUACCAGAGGACCUAGGAGGUCCUCUCACCCUUUCUCUUGGCCUCAGACUCACUCCUGUUCCCAUCCCUAACUUGGUGCUCAAAAGCACCUCACUAGGGUUUGUGACCAGGGUCUAGAUAAGCUUGAAUUUGAGUAAGUUGAGUUUGUAUUUCUAGUACCCUGGAUUUUACAUGUUUGGUCUUUUUGGUUUUUGUUGGUCACCCUCGAUAAAGAAAGUAUUUCAUUUG